GUCUUACAGUUACACUUUGUCCGUUUGCUGCACCAAAGUCACGCUGUACGUGCGAGCCUUCAUCGGAUCACGUGUUUAUCCGCGAGUGUAUCGAUAAGAAAUCCGCCGAGGAAGCUACAGCCACGCCAGUGUAACGAUGUCGUACGAUCUGUCGGUCGGUGCAGCAUGCCCGGAGCCUUACCUCGGGCCGAGCCUUGCCCAGGUCUGUCCAGGAUCGCAAUUCCUGACAUUUAUGACAAUCUUGGAUUCUCUGGUACGAUCCCAAGAAACAGUGUCCGAGUCGUGCAACCGUGUAAGACCGGUGAACCCGCCUGAAUACUAUUACGACUUCAUCGUUGUGGGCGGAGGAUCAGCCGGUGCCAUAGUGGCGUCUCGACUAAGCGACAUACCCGAAUGGAAAGUUUUGCUGCUAGAAGCCGGCCCGGACGAGCCACCGGGUGCCGAGGUUCCCAGUAUGGUGGCAAUGUUUCUGGGAACUGACAUUGACUGGCAGUAUCAAACCACGAACGAGAUGAACGCUUGUCUGUCAACCGGCGGAUCCUGCAGUUGGCCGCGCGGUAAAAACCUAGGCGGGACGUCCGUCCACAACGGUAUGAUGUAUAGCCGAGGUCACGCGAAAGAUUUUGACAAUUGGCUAGCCAUGGGUAAUACUGGAUGGAGUUGGCGCGACGUUUUGCCGUACUUCAUGUGUUCUGAGAACAACACAGAGAUACGUCGAGUGGGUCGCAAGUAUCAUUCGACCGGUGGUUUGUUAACCGUCGAACGAUUUCCGUGGAAGCCUGCAAUCGCUGACGACAUUCUCGCAGCGGCGAGCGAAAGAGGGUACCCGAUUAGUGAAGACCUGAAUGGAGACCAAUUUACAGGAUUUACCGUGGCUCAAACCACAAGUAAGAAUGGUGUCCGAGUGAGUACUGCCAGUGCCUUCCUUCGACCGGUUCGAAGGCGACGCAACUUACAUAUCGCUCUAAACGCCACCGCGACGAAAAUCAUUGUCCAGCAUCAGAAGGCCGUGGGAGUACAAUUUUAUCAAGGUGGUGAACUUCGAGUUGCCCGCGCCGCAAAGGAGGUAAUCGUUUCCGCUGGCGCCAUAGAUUCACCUAAAUUGUUGCUACUCUCCGGAAUCGGACCGAAGGAGCAUCUGCAGGCGGUGAACGUCACAGUCGUAAAAGAUCUUCCAGGUGUCGGCGAGAACUUGCAUAAUCACGUGUCCUACACUUUAUCGUGGAUCAUCAAUCAGCCGAAUCAGUACGACCUGACCUGGGCGGCCGCGACGGAAUAUAUCGCCUUUCAGAAAGGGCCAAUGGCGUCGACGGGUCUGUCGCAAUUGACCGGAAUGCUACCGUCGGUCUACACGACUCCGGAUCAUCCCGACAUCCAGUUGUUCUUCGGCGGCUAUCAGGCGGCCUGCGCGACCACCGGCGAAGUAGGCGCCGUCAUGAACGGGAACGGCCGCCGUAUCAGUAUGUCGCCGACGAUGACGCAACCGCGUAGCAAGGGAAAUCUACGUCUCGCUAGCAAUAAUCCUUUCACGAAGCCAAUCAUGUGGGGCAAUUACUUGAGUGACCCCAUGGACGUCGCGGUACUCGUCGAGGGCAUCCAGAUCGCGUUAUCUCUCGGCAAUAGCAGUGCCAUGGCCAAGUAUAAUCUGACUUUGAACAACGCGAUAUUGGCCGCGUGUUCCCAACAUCCAUACUCGAGCAACGAAUAUUGGGCCUGCGCCGUGCGUCAGGACACCGGGCCGGAAAAUCAUCAGGCAGGUUCUUGCAAAAUGGGACCAUCGAACGAUCCCUUGGCCGUCGUCGAUCAACGUUUACGAGUGCACGGCAUCAAAAAUAUCCGUGUGGCCGAUGCAUCCAUCAUGCCGCAGGUAACGUCCAGCAAUACAGCAGCUCCGGCCAUGAUGAUUGGCGAAAGGGCAGCCGCGUUCAUCAAGUCCGACUGGAAGGUUGGCGGUACACAAUGUUCUCGCACGACGGUCGACAGUUCACUGGACCUAUUACUAUGGGGGAUCAAGUACAUCGAUUGGGAUCAAGCUGUAUGGUAGAGCCGGGCUCCACGAUCUAUCUAGUCUCUUAUGAUCCAUCGCCUAUUUUCCCUCAGCCUAAGAAAGCCAACGUGAACGCGAUUCCGAAAGGGCGAGGACUCACUGGAAAAUCCUGUAGGGUGCAAUUUCCUUUCUCUCCGGCAUCAAGCCAGAUCACAUCUCGCUCGAUCGCUCGAGCGCUGGAUUGGAUACGAAAUUACGUCACAAUGUGCAAUUACUGUUACUAACACAGCGAGACGGAGAGAAUCGUGCAAUUGAAGAUUGUCGUCGUACUCGCUGUACCGCCAUGUUUCAAUAUCCAGUUAAGAAUUUCCUAAGAUAGGCGCGUCUCGUAGCACCGCGGCUUAUGAAAGAUCUAUCGUGGUCAAUUGACCGCGACGUUGCGAGAGCAAAUUUUUCAUACAACUUACGAGUAUUGUAUUAACUAUUAUCGUUAAUUCCUCGAAUGAGUUGCAAUUUCCUAUUUGUUUAAUUACGUUUAGAGUUACGAAAACAAUUGGAUGUACGCACGUAUUGAUAAUAAUAUAUGUGCUAAUAAUCUCUCCUUCAAAUUUCUAGUAGUUGUAACGUAUAAUGUGCACCAUUCAUGGACUUCCUGUUGAAAUAAUGACCAAAGACAAAAAUUCUGGUACCUGGUAUAUCAACGGCCAAAAAUGUAGUGAUUAAUUGUUAACAAAAAAAUAUGUAGAAAAUUAAAUGGAUUAUAAAUAUGGAUAGCUCGCAGAGUGCGAGUGUAAAUCAAAAUACUGUAAAUAAACAAGAUUGCAUAGUACGCAAAAA